AUGGCGCAGCCAGCCAGUGCGGUAGAUGCCGUGGCGAGCCCCGAGGCGGAGGCCACAGGCCGGUGGGGCAGCCUGCUGGAGUGCUCCCUGGUGGUGCCCUUCCUGACCCCGCUGGACGCCGACAUUGCCUGCUGGUUCCUGGGCCCCGAGGCGGAGCGCCAGCGCCAAGUGUUGUACAAGAGGCUGACGGUGCUGGGCAGCAACCUGGUGAUCGUUCUGCGCUCCGAGGACCCCUGCCUGCUCCGGAUGUGCCUGGACUUCCUGCUGGACCAGCUGUCCGUGGUGCUGCAGGCCAUGCAGCACUGCUGCCCCCGCGCCCGCUAAGCGCCGCACCGCACCGCGCCGCACCGCACAGCCGAGGAGGAGCAGGAGGAG